UCUGUUGCUUCUCCAACUCGCUUAACAGUUGAGAGUUGGGUGGACAGCUUUUGUCUACAAAUAAAAGCCAACGAUAUUGCUGCUGCUGCUGCUGCUGCUUAGCUAACAAUGGCUUUCUCUGGAGCCAAGAUUAUCCAGCCUCUCCCUCUCCACACUACUAUCAGAUCACCUAACAACCCCUUACUCUUCGAUCCCUUCACUUCAUCCCCUUUCCUUGGAUCAACCCGGACCCUCCGCCUUUCCCAAUCCAUUUCAGCUUCUCAACGUCGAUGUGCUUCUCAUAUCGUUGCUGUCUCCGAUGUUUUCAAGGAAAAGAAGCUCAAAUCCAAUACCAAUCUCCUGCUUACCAAAGAAGAAGGUUUACAAGUAUAUGAGGACAUGAUCUUGGGCAGAGCUUUUGAGGAUAUGUGUGCACAGAUGUAUUACAGGGGUAAAAUGUUUGGUUUUGUUCAUUUAUACAAUGGCCAAGAAGCUGUUUCCUCAGGAUUCAUCAAGCUCUUGAAGAAGGAGGAUAGUGUUGUGAGCACCUACCGUGAUCAUGUUCAUGCCCUGAGCAAGGGGGUGCCUGCCCGUGCUGUCAUGAGCGAGCUCUUUGGGAAGAAAACCGGUUGUUGUCGUGGGCAGGGUGGAUCUAUGCACAUGUUCUCUGCUGAACACAAUGUUCUUGGUGGGUUUGCCUUUAUAGGAGAAGGCAUCCCGGUUGCCACAGGUGCUGCAUUYGCUAGUAAGUACAGGAGGGAAGUUUUGAAAGAAGCCGAUUGUGAUCAUGUCACAUUGGCAUUCUUUGGAGAUGGAACUUGCAACAAUGGGCAGUUCUUUGAGUGCUUGAACAUGGCAGCUCUAUGGAAAUUGCCUAUCAUAUUCGUGGUGGAGAACAAUCUGUGGGCAAUUGGAAUGUCCCAUCUGCGUUCAACUUCAGAUCCAGAAAUCUGGAAGAAGGGUCCAGCUUUUGGGAUGCCCGGRGUUCAUGUUGAUGGUAUGGAUGUGUUGAAGGURAGGGAGGUAGCAAAGGAGGCUAUUGGAAGGGCUAGAAGAGGGGAGGGGCCAACAUUGGUUGAAUGUGAGACUUACAGGUUUMGAGGACACUCUUUGGCUGAUCCUGAUGAGCUUCGUGAUCCAGCUGAGAAGGCACGUUACGCAGCUAGAGACCCCAUAACCGCAUUGAAGAAAUACUUGAUUGAAAGCAAACUGGCGAACGAAGCAGAGUUGUUGGCCAUAGAGAAGAAGAUCGAGGAGGUGGUUGAGGAUGCCGUGGAGUUUGCAGAUGAAAGCCCCGCUCCAUCUCGAAGCCAGCUGCUGGAGAAUGUGUUUGCCGAUCCAAGAGGUUUUGGAAUAGGACCCGAUGGAAGCUACAGGUGUGAGGAUCCUAAGUUCACCGAAGGCACAGCUCAAGUCUAAGCUUUUGCAUAAUGUUUUUCCUGUAAUUCUCGUGUUUUGUUAUGAUUGUAGUCGUCUUUUUAGUAUAUCGAGUUUUUUACGGUCCCAAUUUGCAAAAUACGCGUCUAAAAAUGUUGCAACUUGGUUUUACAAACAGAACAUAACCAGGUUGUUUAAUCUAUUGUUUUUGUUCUUCGGGAUACAAACAGAGUCGAAGCUUCCACGCUUCAUUUCGUUCCGUCUUAUGUUUUUGUUCAUGAUUUCAUUUAUUUACAUUUCCGGUUCCUUCGAUCCUA